UUCCUCUAAAGUCAGCUGAUUUAAUCGGCUGACUGUUGACAUCGAUUCUACCGAGGUCAAAAAAAACUCUAACAAAAGUAAAUUCUGAAAGUUAAAUCGACGGUCGCUUUAAGUUUGUUUCAUUUGAAACCGUCCUCUGGCAUUUCAGGGUAACUUUAACCCAACCAGCGACUGCUCAGAAAAUGGUUUCUUUACUUUUCUGCGGUCCUAAACUGGCAGCGUGUGGACUGGUGCUGAGCAUUUGGGGAGUUAUUAUGCUGGCAUUGCUGGGGAUUUUUUUCACCACCCAUUCAGCUAUUCUUAUAGAGGACGUGCCUUUGACAGAGGAAGACUUACACAGCCAGGACACGCCACCGCAAAGCGUCUAUAAACUGUACAACCAAGUGGGAUACAACUGCUUCAUUGCAGCAGUAAUCUACGUUGGCAUAGGAUUCCUGUCAUUUUGUCAGGUUCGCCUGAACAAGCGCAAGGAAUAUCUGGUGCAUUAGUACAUGUGAUUGGAGUUUAAACUCUACCUGUCCAUUCCCUCAUUGUGUCUAUAUCUAAUAAUGCUGUAAUUGCUUUCAACUGAAUGUGGAUGUGUAAAAUGGAAUGAGAUUAUGUACUUUACUCUUGCCUUUCUGUCUAGAAGUUUAAUCGAGUGAGUUUAAUCGUGUAUGUGCAGUGCCUUAUUAAUUUGCCUUUUAUAGUGCUGUUUGUAUAUGUGGUCCUGUUAAACCUUUAAAUGUCUACUAUCUGCAAAUGCUGUUGAUAAAUUAUUGCCAUUUUAUUUAUACACGUGUCAAAUCUCAGUAGGUGAAUAUUAGGUGGAAAUCGACAUGGUGCUGUUUUCACAAUAAAUGAUUCAUUCAAAUUUG